AUGGCAUCGGCUCGCAUCACGUUUGACGACUUCCAACGUGAAUGUUUCGCCUACCUCGCCCAACGCGAUGCGCUCUCCAUGCCCCAGAAGCAGCACGAGCUGUCGUGGGCGUCGUACGCACACGGCUGGACAUGGCAAGACCCCCUCCUUCCCGGCACCGCCUUUACCGGCACCGCAGGCCUACAUCGAUCCUACGCCAUCAUCGCCCGUCAAAACUGCACUACAGAGGAGAAGCAUGCGCCUGAAGACGAGGUGUGUGCUUCUGCGCAGCUGGCAGACGAGACGGACGAUGCCACAUUCACCCCGACGACGACGCGCAGAGUGAUACAGCUCGAACAGUCGAUCCACUGGUCGUCGGUGUGGAGUCUUCCCGUGCUCUACUUUCACGCUACACUCAACGAUCGUCCUAUCGGAUGGGAUGAUCUGCAGGGUUGCGGUGUGGUUCACGCCGCGGGGACGCUCGCUCCGCAUCUGGGCGAGGCGUUGCAGCCCGUCUCGGUGGGAGACCAUCCGCGAUCGAAGCUGCCGAGCUUUUACCUGCAUCCGUGCAACACCAAUUCGGCGUUAUCUUCGCUCCUCGCGGGGGAUAAGCACGCGCCCGCCACAGCACCAGAGCAGAUCUUGAGUGCUAGUGAGCGAGCCGGUAUCCUAAGAAAGACCAGCCCGAUGGUCGGGAGACAAAUGUCCGCAGUCGGAACGAACAGCAUUGGUCGCCAAGGCGCAGGCCGGGAUAAUGUCCAGCAAGACACUGCAGGCGGGAUGGAGUGUGCAGUCGAACUGGGCGAGCCGUUGCGCAUCCAGCUCGACUGCAUCCUCGUCCGGCCUCGGCAGCCUCCAGUGUCAAGCGUGUGGCUCGACAUGAACCCCUCGGUAUCAGAAUCACAUCGGCCAUCUAACCCCGAUAUGUUGCACGCACUAGACGCCAGCUCUGCGUUUGCGUUUGCGCCCGCUCAGCGGUACCGAAGUGCAGGUUUCAGAGGCGCUCAUUUUGAGUCCAGGCAAUCUCAGCGCCCAUGGGCGUAG